GAGAAAUAGUAAAAACUUUUCGUAAGGGUUUGCUCGGACACAAGCAUAUAUCUCAGGAAAUAAUUCCAGAUCAAGUGCAAUGUUAUAUGGAGAUUUAUAAGCAUUGCACUUCAUAUAACAAUUAUUUGAAUUAUGAAGAGUUAUCCGAAGAUAUUAAACUCUUAUGGGAAGAAUCCAAGAAGUCGUCACUCUGCAAUUUUUCUAAGCUACCUGAUGAAAUAAUAAUUAAAAUAUUGGGGAAUUUAGAUUUAAAGUCAUUAUGCCGUGUGAGUGGUGUAAAUAAACGCUUUAAUUAUUUAUCACGAGAUACUCAACUUUACAAAAGUCUGAACAUACGAAAUAUACAUUACACGUAUGAGCGCUUUAAUUUCGAUGAUAUAUUUCUUUACUUUGCACCCAGAUGUAAAUAUUUGACACAAUUGGAUUUGUCAUACUGCGACUUUUCCGUUGCAAACUUUAAUACAUUCCUUGCUACUUGCGGCAAAUUUAUAACGGAUUUAAAAUUAAAUUACUGCAAAUUUAUCGACAAUUCUGCUGUACUUCAAAUUUCCAAGAUAUGCAAGAAUUUAAAAGGUAUAAGUAAAAAAUAA